CUUCUGACUAUAAAUUAGACGAUAAAUUUGAAAACCAAGAAAUGACGCUUACAGAGCCCAGAGGAAGAUCAAGAAUGAAGUGAAGAAGAACAAUCGUCAUGGAUGCGACCUUCAAGCAAGACCCGCUUUCGUCUUCCUUCAUAGACACUGUCAACGAACUCACAAGAAUUUUCCGAUCACUUCCGGCGAGGCCCUCCAUUGAAGAGGUUGAAGCAGCUGUGGUGAUUCUGAAUACAGUCCAGAACGAAGAGGAUUUCAAAUUGGGGGAAAUUUCAAAGCAGGAAGUUCCUGAAAAUGUCCCCGAAGAGCUCUUCUCCAUUUUGCAGCAGAUGAGGAAGACGAUGGUGCUGUAUGAGAGCCAUGAACAGAGGCGAGAAGCCAUUCAUUUGAUUGAGCUCGAUAACAUUCUUCGAACCUUCGAUGAACUCAUUCAGAGAUCUUCUCUAUUGGUUUCUGGCGAUUCUCAAGCCCACUGCCCUCUGAAUUUGAGUGAUUCAGUCGACAAGGUUGCGAAAGAGGCUCUAAUUAGCCACCAAAAUUUGGAGAAUAAAACGGAAAAUGGAGAACUCGAGAGCAAUGGUAAUAAGGGUUUUGUUAACAGUUUUUCUUCAGGUCUGAAUCGGAAAUAUUUUGAUGAAUCAUGGCUCGGGACCGACCAAGACUUCGUGAAUCCGGGAUUAGUAUCUCGAAUCCGAAUGAAUGUUAAACUAAUCUGUGAUUUGGAUGGUAAAUUGAGUUCGAUGAAAGUUGCUGCUCUUAUUGAAAGCAUAGCUAAAAGUGGGUCAACUGUUCUUAAUCUGAGGGGCAAGUUAAUGGACAAGAUGGAAUUGCUUCCACUUUCAAUUGGGAAGUUAUCUGAUCUUGUUGAAUUAGAUCUAUCAGAAAACAAGAUCAUGGCUCUUCCUCCUGGAAUUAGUGAUCUUCGAUCGUUACAAAAUUUCGACAUCCACUCGAACCAAUUAAUAAACCUUCCUGAAACAUUUGGGGAGCUUGUGAAUCUCACCUACGUUGACCUCCAUGGGAACAGGCUAAAAUCACUCCCAGCUUCUUUUGGGAACCUGAAAAACCUUAUUACGCUUGACUUGAGCUCCAACCUUUUCACCCAUUUACCAGAUAUCAUUGGGAACUUGAGUAGUUUAAAGAAGUUGAACGCUGAAACCAAUGAGCUUGAGGAACUUCCUUACACAAUUGGAUCAUGUUUGUCACUUGUGGAGCUUCGGCUGGACUUCAAUGCGAUCAAAGCUCUCCCCGAGGCGAUCGGGAAGCUCGAAUGCUUGGAGAUUUUGACCCUACAUUACAAUAGAAUCAGAGGACUGCCAACAACAAUGGGGAAUCUGCCUAAGUUGAAGGAACUAGAUGUCAGUUUCAAUGAACUGGAGACAAUCCCAGAAAACUUGUGUUUUGCUGUGAGCCUACGGAAGCUGAAUGUUGGGAAGAACUUUGCUGACCUGAGAGCCUUACCAAGAUCAAUUGGGAACCUGGAAAUGCUGGAGGAGUUGGAUAUGAGUGCAAACCAGAUAAGAUUCCUGCCGGACUCUUUCAGGUUCUUAUCAAAAUUGAGAGUUCUACGAACAGAUGAUACUCCAUUGGAAGAACCACCACGAGAAGUUCUUGAAUUGGGCGCUCAGGGUGUUGUAAAGUACAUGGCUGAUGCGGUAGAGAAAAGAGGCAUAAACUCUCAACCAGCUCAGGAGAGGGGGUUUUGGAUAUGGUUUUUCUCCAUAUGUUGCUCCAAAACAACAAAUGAUACACCAAACCACAAGUUAUCUACUGAAAUACAGCUUUAGUUUUUUCAUUUUUCCAUUGAAAAUAUGGCUGUGUGUGUAUUGUAUAGGGGUCGGUUAGCUCGAACUUGUAGAUGAGUAUUGUUUGUGUAAAGUGGACGAAUUAGUCUCAAUUUCAUAAGCAUCGUUCUUCUCUUAUCGACC